GCCCGGGGGCCCGAGCGGGGCGGGUCCUCCGGCGCACAUGACAGGGCGGGUGCCAUGGCGGGCAGGGGAGCGGUGCGGGGCAGCCCAGAGCUGGCCGGGACUACGGUGCUGCCGGGCCGGGCGGAGCAGCAGCAGCAGCCGCCGAGAGCCACUGCGAUGCCGUCCGUCGCUUCCUACGAGAGCCUGGUGCACGCCGUGUCCGGCGCCGUGGGCAGUAUGACAGCAAUGACUGUAUUUUUUCCUUUGGAUACUGCUAGGCUUAGACUUCAGGUUGAUGAGAAGCGGAAGUCAAAGACAACACCAGCAGUCCUUUUGGAAAUAAUCAAAGAAGAAGGCCUGUUGGCACCAUAUCGAGGAUGGUUCCCGGUUAUCUCCAGCCUUUGCUGCUCCAAUUUUGUUUAUUUUUAUACAUUUAAUAGUCUUAAAGCCCUCUGGGUUAAAGGUCAGCAUUCAACCACAGGGAAAGACUUGGUUCUUGGGGUUGUUGCAGGAGUAGUGAAUGUACUCUUGACCACCCCUCUCUGGGUAGUGAACACACGCCUGAAGUUGCAGGGAGCAAAAUUCAGAAAUGAAGACAUUGUACCAACCAAUUACAGAGGCAUAAUAGAUGCCUUUCAUCAGAUAGUACGGGAUGAAGGAGUCUUAGCUCUGUGGAAUGGUACUUUACCCUCCUUGCUACUGGUCUUCAAUCCUGCUAUACAGUUUAUGUUUUAUGAAGGUUUUAAACGAAAUCUGUUGAAAAAGCAGCUGCAACUCACAUCUUUGGAUGCUUUUGUCAUUGGUGCAAUAGCCAAAGCAGUUGCCACCACCCUUACUUAUCCUCUGCAGACAGUACAGUCAAUUCUGCGGAUGCUUGAACAGAGAGAGAUGAGAAGCCCUCUGCACCAGUGAAGAAGUGAGAAGACAUCUCUGUUCCCUGAGAUGAAGAAUCCUUUGCCUUUGGAGUUGUUAAUUUUUAAAAAAUGACACCCCAGUAUGUGGUAUGCUUGAGUCCAUGGUCCAUAAGCAGCUUGGGUAACUGUUAAUGGGAGGGGAGUUCACAGAAGCAGGGGUUUUUUGCGGUCCCCCUGGGCUGCUGUUUUUGUGAACCACAAGAGAACUGUUCUAGGUUGUCAGUGUGCAAAAUUUCAUGGUAGACUAAGAGACACUCCUCUCCCUUAAGAACUGACGAAAGAUUAUUUUUGAAUUGUGAAACUGACUGAAAAAUCCCAAGUUUUGUCUCUUUAUGUUGUUUGUGAGAAAGUGAACACUUUGUGGUGGGAGGAAGAGCAUUUUGAAAGUUUCAUUUUUUGAUUUUUUUUUUCUUUUAGUGUGUGUAUUAAUAAAUCUGUCUGUUUAUAUCUUUAAAUUUGGGCCUGUUUUGCCUUUGUCUCCAAAUCUCCGGUCUCACAGCAGAAACAGUAUUUAAACCGCUGCACUAAAUUUCGCCAACAGAGACAGGUGAAUGUGAAACCACUACACUAUUUUUAGUGUAUUUUUAGUGUUUAGACACUGGUUUUACUCAUUAUACAGUGAAACUGCUCUUUAGCCUAUGUGUCAGUAAAGAGCAGAAAAAUUAAAUUUGCGUCUGGAGGUACAGUAAUACCAUUAAUGUUCUCAGUGAUCCCAGAUGAAAACGUUCUCUUUAAAACCAAAGUAUUUUUUCUCUGUCAUAGAGAAUGCUAAGCGCUUUGGGAAAUCUGUAGUAAACACUGAAGUGUUAACAUCCUAGUGAAAAAUUAAUGGUUUUCUUCUCUCUUGAUGAACCUUUGUAGUACAAAAAUUGUCCAAUGAUGGAGAAAAGAGGGGAAUUAGGUGGUGGUGUACUGGAAGUGUGGUGUAGUGUGGAAGCUGUGAGUAAUCUGGGCAGUGACUGACAGUGUAAUUUGCAACAUAGCAAAUUAGCAAUUUUUGGGGGUGUGUCUGAGUCUUUGGCAAUAAUUCUAAACAUUGAUUUGUCAAUAUCAGAUGGGUAGUUAGUGAUGAGAAGAUUGUGGAUUUGAGUGCAUAUUUACCUAAUAACAGGAGAUUUUCACUAGCAUUGUGUUGCUGCUGUUUCCACCCAAGUUAUUAAAACACAUAGUAAAGGAACCUGUAUCACUCUAGCAUUCUCUUAAAAUUUCUGAGCUGCCUAAACCAGCUGGCAUACUGUACCUACUGUCAAUGCUAAUUUCUUACACCUAAGAAAUAGCAGGUGCCUGAGCAUGUUCUGGUGAAAAACUCAUCCAACAUGAAGUUGCUCAAGUUCACCUUUCUUAGCACAGAAACUUAAUACAGUCUUCAAAAGGUAUUAGGCUGUGCUGUUACAAAUACAAGCGUGCCAACUCCUGUAUAUUAAUAAUUCAUAGUUACAGGUUGCUGAUAGUACUAUCAAUCUGUAUCAGAUAAAAGAAUCAA